AAUUCUGAACUCAACAGACAAAAUAGAAAGAGAAAGGGCAGGGUCCGACCCGAAACCCCAUCUUUCGCCGUAGUGCUCGUUUUCAGAGCUACGAAGGAAUCCACAGAGAAAGUAGUUAAAAAAGGCCAGACACACACAGAAGAGCAAAGAGAGAUAUCUUUGGUGUCAAACCUCUCUCAGAUUCUUCUGCACUUCGAUUUUGCUGUCCACUCCACUUUCUUGUUACUGUUCCAAUUCUUGCUUUGCUUCAACUUACUCACACGCUACUUCUCUUCUCACUGUCCUUCUUCCACUCCACAGCUAUCAUUCUGAUUCUGGGAAAUCUCUAACUGGACGCUCUGUAUUUUGAUGAUUCUGGAGCCGAACUGUUUUGUUCAAUUACUUUCGUGGAAAUAAAUCGUGAAAUUUUCAUUUGAUAUAUGAAUAUAUACACGACAAAUCGUAGAAAAUUUACUACGAUUAUUUGUUUCAGUUGCUUUGGUAAAUAGUUAUUCGUAGACGAAAUUGAACGAAUGCGUCUCCGAUCUUCAGCCGGCCGGGAACGUAAUCUAGAAGGAUCUGAUAAUUUUCAAUCGGCGAGAUACUGAGUUCUGAAUCCCUGCGUUGGCUUUUGAAUUCAAAAAGAAUUCAGUCGUGCAACGCGGUAACGGAAUUGAAUUAUAUGAGAUUUUAUCUUCGGGAGGACCGAAAUUCAAAAUUCCGUUGAAUUUCCGGGAAGAAAAACGAAAACAGAAAGACGGAAAAGCAUAAUAUUCAGGUUUUAAUGGAGCUUCCUCAGGCGCGUCCAUUUGGAACAGAAGGAAGGAAACCGACGCAUGACUUUCUGUCACUCUACAGUAAUUCAACUGCCCAACAAGAUCCAAGGCCAUCUUCUCAAGGAAGUUACCUCAAGACUCAUGAUUUCUUGCAGCCACUAGAACGGCAAGAAACAAAAGCCAGUGCUAAGGAAGAAGCCACAGAUGAAAUAUCAUCAGUGGCGCAAAAGCCACCAUCUUCAGCACCACCACCUUCAGUUGAGCACCUCUUACCCGGAGGAAUUGGGACAUACAGUAUUAGCCACAUUUCAUGUUUUAACAAUAAUAAUCAAAGGGUUCCAAAGCCAGAGGCAGCCCUUUACACUGUGCGUCAAGCAACUACCAGUACGGAUAGGAAUGAUGACAACUCCAACUGCAGUUCAUAUACUUCAAGUGGUUUCACUUUGUGGGAAGAGUCAUCGGUAAAGAGGGGAAAGACAGGAAAGGAAAAUAACGUGGGCGAGAAACCCACUUUGGGAGGGACAGAGUCUUCGGCGAAGCUAGGGCAGUGGACACUAACGGAACGAACAUCACAGUCGUUUCCCAACAAUCGUCACAGUAGCUUUAGCUCUCGUUCUUCAUCUCAGACAAAUGGGCAGAAGAACCAGAGUUUUAUUGAAAUGAUGAAAUCUGCAAAGGAUAGUGCGCAGGAUGAAGUGCUAGAAAACGAAGAAACAUUUUUUCUUAAGAAAGAACCGUCGAACACACAAAGAGCCGAACUGAGGGUGAAAGUGGAUGGGAAAAGUACUGAUCAAAAGCCCAACACACCAAGAUCAAAACAUUCUGCAACAGAACAGCGGAGAAGAAGCAAAAUUAACGACAGAUUCCAAACUCUACGAGAGCUUAUUCCACACAGCGACCAAAAGAGAGACAAGGCAUCUUUUUUGUUAGAGGUCAUUGAGUACAUUCAUUUUUUACAAGAGAAGGUGCAUAAGUAUGAAGGUUCAUUACAAGGGUGGAGUAACGAGCCAGAAAAAUUGAUGGCAUGGAGAAAUAAUGACAAGCCAGCAGCUGAAAGUUUUCAACCUCGUGGGACAGAUAGCGGGUCAUGUCCAUCUCCAACACUGCUAUUUGCUUCAAAAGUUGACGAGAAAAAUAUCACCAUCACCCAAACAAUACCUAGGGGUACCCAGAAUUUAGAAUCUGGCUUUAACACAGCCACUACCUCCAAGACAAUGGAUCAUCAGGCUGGAACAAUGAACAAGGCUUUUCCAAUUCCUAUUUCUUCACAGCUAAAUUUCUUCACUCCCACCCAAAUCGGUGGUCCAGUUGGAAUAGUGUCUCAGCUGGCACAUAGAUCGGCAUCUGAUGCAGAGAACACCAAAUAUCAUCCUUCAGUGGAAUGUCAGACGAUGGCUGCUACCAAUGAAAAGCUGAAAGAGAAAGAGCUCGCCGUUGAAGGUGGUGCCAUUAGUAUAUCAAGCGUGUACUCAAAAGGGUUGUUGCAUACGCUUACACAUGCACUGCAAAGUUCAGGGGUGGAUUUGUCACAGGCUAGCAUCUCGGUGCAAAUUGAACUUGGUAAGCAAGCAAACAUCAGACCAACUGUACCAAUGUCAAUGUGUGGUGCUAAGGAUGAUGAAGUUCCUUCAAACAAUCAAAAGAUGAUGCGCUCUAGAGUUGCUAGCUCCGGGAAGUCUGACCAAGCAGUUAAGAAGCUAAAGACGUGCAGAAGUUAAUUCGACCGUUAUAUUCAUUCUUUUCUUAUUAUAACUUUUAUUUAAUUAUUUGGGGUAACUUUUUAAAAUUAAUUUUUUGAAGGGGCAUUUAUGUCUUCUGCUGGCUUAUUAUCCAGCGAGGGUGAGAUCGACUGUACAUUCAGUGUCUUUUUAGUUUGUUGGGAUACUUAGGCUCACCCCAACAAAAUAAUAUGAAUUAUUUUAGUUUCUAAAUGAUAUAAUUAUAGAGGCUUCCAUACUAAUUGAGAAGCUAUUCUUUAACCUAGGCUUCCAUUCUUGUAAAUGUAACUUUCGCUCCUUCAUUUGUUGCACAUUUUUUUAAUAUUGCUUUUGGUGGUCUAGUGUUAUGAAAUAAUAUAAGCUAUAAUGAAAUCAAUGGUUUU